AUGGCCGCCCCAGGAAACUGCCAGCACAACUUUCAAAUCAUUAAAUCAGAUACCACCAUUGUUCUCUGGAACUGCCAUUUGUGCCAUUCAGGCCCUCAUUCGCAGAUCUACGAAUGCCAAAACUGCAAGCUCAAGACAUGCCGUGGUUGCACUGCCAAAGCCUAG